CCCUUGGGAGAGGCCUUAAGAUUCCUGUUCCCCUGGCAUCGACUGGGUUGGGGGCCCCCUCUGUCCCCCAAGAGCAGUUGGGGAAACUGAGGCAGGGGCAGCCGGGACUGUGCACCCCUCAGCCCAGAGGUCUCCCCCCACCUCAAGGUGGGCUGUGCAGAGGGUCACAUGCUCCCCUGGCUGCGUCCCCGCCCACGGGUCACCCCGGGAAGAUAGGAACCAGACGGACCGUCCUUGGAAAAAGUGACCGUGAUGUCAGCUGGCCGGGCAGGUGCCCCCUCCCGCCGCCCUGCCCUCGCCAUGCAGACCCCAGCAGCGCCCCCACCCCGCCCGGCGCCUCUGCUGCUGCUGCUGCUACUGCUGCUCCUGGGGGGUGCCCAUGGCCUGUUCCCAGAGGAACCGCCCCCCCUCAGUGUGGCCUCCAGCGACUACCUGAGCCAGUACCCAGUGUUCGUGGGCAGCGGGCCGGGACGCCCGCACCCCUCCCCGGAUGCCGAGGACCUUAACAUCCAGCGGGUCCUGAGGGUCAACCGGACGCUGUUCAUCGGAGACAGGGACAACUUGUACCGGGUGGAGCUGGAUCCCCCCACUUCCUCGGAGCUGCGGUACCAACGGAAACUCACCUGGCGGUCCAACCCCAGUGACAUCAACGUGUGUCGGAUGAAGGGGAAGCAGGAGGGCGAGUGUCGGAACUUCGUGAAGGUGCUGCUGCUUCGGGAUGAUUCUACGCUCUUCGUGUGUGGCUCCAAUGCCUUCAACCCGGUGUGCGCCAACUACAGCAUGGACACGCUGCAGCCCCUUGGGGACAAUAUUAGCGGGAUGGCCCGCUGUCCCUAUGACCCCAAGCACGCGAACGUCGCCCUCUUCUCUGACAGGAUGUUGUUCACAGCCACGGUGACCGACUUCCUGGCCAUUGAUGCUGUAAUCUACCGCAGCCUUGGGGACCGGCCCACCCUACGCACCGUGAAGCAUGACUCCAAGUGGUUCAGAGAGCCUUUCUUCGUGCACGCGGUGGAGUGGGGUAGCCACAUCUACUUCUUCUUCCGGGAAGUCGCCAUGGAGUUCAGCUACCUGGAGAAGGUGGUGGUGUCGCGCGUGGGCCGCGUGUGCAAGAACGACGCGGGAGGGUCCCCGCGGGUGCUGGAGAAGCAGUGGACGUCGUUCCUCAAGGCGCGGCUCAACUGCUCGGUGCCGGGGGACGCGCACUUCUACUUCAACGUGCUGCAGGCUGUGACGGGUGUGCUCAGCCUGGGCGGGCGGCCCGCCGUGCUGGCCGUGUUCUCCACGCCCGCCAACAGCAUCCCAGGCUCGGCCGUGUGUGCCUUCGACAUGGCACAGGUGGCCGCCGCCUUCGACGGCCGCUUCCGGGAGCAGAAGUCGCCCGAGUCCAUCUGGACGGCGGUGCCGGAGGAGCAGGUGCCGCGGCCGCGCCCCGGCUGCUGCGCGGCGCCCGGGAUGCAGUUCAACACGUCCAGCGACUUUCCCGAUGACAUCCUCAGCUUUGUCAAGACCCACCCGCUCAUGGAGCAGGCUGUGCCCGCCCUGGGCCACACGCCCUGGAUUGUGCGCACCCUGCUGAGGCACCAGCUGACCCGUGUGGCAGUGGACGUGAGUGCCGGGCCCUGGGGUAACCACACAGUGCUGUUCCUGGGCUCGGAGGCGGGCACGGUGCUCAAGUUCCUGGUGCGGCCCAAUGCCAGCUCCCCUGGGACCAGCGUCUUCCUGGAGGAGUUCGAGACCUACCGGCCGGACAGGUGCGGUCGGCCGGACAACGGAGGUGCCGAAAACGGGCAACGGCUGCUGAGCCUGGAGUUGGACGCGGCCUCGGGGGGCCUGCUGGCCGCCUUCCCCCGCUGUGUGGUCCGGGUGCCUGUGGCUCGUUGCCAGCAGCACUCGGGGUGCAUGAAGAACUGCAUUGGCAGCCAGGACCCCUACUGCGGGUGGGCCCCGGAUGGCUCAUGCAUCUUCCUCAGCCCUGGCACCAGAGCCACAUUUGAACAAGACGUGUCUGGGGCCAGCACUUCAGGUCUAGGUGACUGCACAGGCCUCCUUCGUGCCAGCCUGUCUGAGGAGCGAGCGGGGCUGGUGUCAGUGAACCUGCUGGUGAGCUCGUCGGUGGCGGCCUUCGUGGUGGGCGCCGUGGUCUCGGGCUUCAGCGUGGGCUGGCUCGUGGGGCUCCGGGAGCGGCGAGAGCUGGCUCGUCGGAGGGACAAGGAGGCUGGGGAGGCCGUGCUCAGCGUCAGCCGCCUGGACGAGCGCCGGGGGGCGCGGGGGCCGGGGGCGCGGGGGCCGGGGGCGCCCCCCGAGACCCUGCUGGCCCCCCUGAUGCAGAACGGCUGGAGCGGCCAGGCCCCCCAGGACCUGGAUGCGGGGCUGCUCCCCACCCCCGAGCAGACUCCGCUGCCCCAGAAGCGCCUGCCCGCCCCGCCGGGGCCCCACGCACACGGCCUGGGGGCCCCCCGGGCCUGGGAGCCCCCCCUGGCCCCCGCGGCCGCCGCCUCCCUGCUGCUGCGGGCGCCCCCGGAGCAGCCCCCCGGGCCCCCAGAGCAGCCGCCCCCCGACAGCCGCUUCCACGCGCCCCCCCGGGGGGCCCCGGGGCGCACCCUGCGGGGGGGCGAGUUCGCCCUCACGCCUCUGGCCACCCCCGACCGCCGCAGGGUGGUGUCGGCGCCCACCGGGCCCUCGGAUCUGGGCUGGAGCCCCCCGCCCACCGGCAGCCUGCGGAGGCCCCCUGCGCCCCCCGCCGCGGCCACCCUGCGCCGCACCCACACUUUCAACAGCGGGGGGCCCCGGCCGGGGGACCCCCACCGCGCCCGGCACCCGCGACACAGCUCGGACUUGGCCCACCUGCUGGCCUACCGGGGCUCCGACAGGACUGCGCCCCCGGUGCCCUAGGCCUGGGGGAACCCCCGAAAAGUAAAAGAAACAAUGAAGUCAAGGUGGUGCCAGAAAACCAGGGCCCCUCCAGUGGGGACCCCCGAGAGGAUGCCCAAGACCCUCCUCUCCCCACCUGCACCCCCCACCCCACACCCCAGUGUGGGGGCUCCCCGCCUCCGCCACACGGAAGCACAAGCCCCCAGGCCCCCAGGAACACUGAAGCCGUCUGGGGGUGCGGGAAGCGGGGCAGGUGGGCGGGAGGGGUGCACCCUCUGCGCGUGGAGUUUAUUUUGUUUUUUCCUACUCUGCCUUUCUGGGCAGUUUUCUUACAAAUUGCACAACUCCGUUCUGGGGUGGCGGGGCCUGGGCGCGGGGGUGCAGGGAGGCUGGAAGUGGCGGAUGCAAGGGACAGGGGCUAAGCUGCAGAUCCGAGCCCCUCUCCCCACACCCUUCCCUCCUCCUCCUCGCCCCCCCCAGGAAAGGUUCCCGUCUUGUCCCCCCCUCCCCCCUCCAGCCAGGCUCCUGGCGUGUGUGGGCGUGUGCGUGUGUGUGCAUGCUAUGUUCGUGUGCAAAGGGCCGGGAAGGGGGGAAGGUGUGCGUGAGUGUGGCUGCCUGUGUCUGUGUGUGAUCUGGGGGGGCCCCCAGAGGCCUGGGCGUUGGCAGAGCCGACGCAGGGCUUCCAGACGGCCCGGGGGGCCUCCAAGGUGCCGGGUAGGAGUUUGAGGGGGUUUCAGGCAGGGAAGUUGGGGGCUGUGGGUGGGGGCCCUGCUCUAAAGAGCAGAUGCCUGAAGUGCUCUGGGGUCUGGGAAAGGUGAGGGGGGCACGGGGAAGGCGAGGGCCCCCCUGUCAAUACAGCCCCAGAGGGUCCCACGCCACCUGUCUCCCUUGUGACCUCCCCUUGACCUCGUAGUCCUGGACCCUCCUUGGAGUUUGCCUCACUGACCCCCCACCCCAUCAAUAAAACUGUUUACAACCACUGGC